CCAUCACGGUCAUUGCUCGUAUUUCCUCUUUUUCAAUCAAACUGUUUACAGUUAUUUCUCCAGUUUUCCCUUCAUCGGAGAAAUCGAAUUCGCGCCAAUUUCUUCUGAGUGAACGCACAUGUAAAUUUUAAAUUCCGGCGAUGGAGAAACUGAACGACUGUUGCUGGUCCAUAAUGGCAUUCGUUGCCAUUAGCUUUACAAUUUUCACAAUUCGUCUUCUUUACGUUCUUUAUUUAACGGGAAAACCUAGCCGCACCAAAUCCUCACAGCCACUCUCUACUCUCGUUGUUUUAGGUUCAGGCGGACACACGGCGGAGAUGAUGAACCUCUUAUCGGUACUGCAAAUGGACAGGUUUGCACCGCGCUUUUACAUUGCUGCUGCCACUGAUAAUAUGAGUCUUCAAAAGGCUCGCGUUUUCGAGGAUUCUUUGGUUCAUAAGAAUGGAGUCAAGGGAUCCUCUGCACGGUUCAUACAGAUCUACAGAAGCAGGGAAGUUGGUCAAUCAUAUAUAACCUCUGUUUGGACAACUUUACUUGCCAUUGCUCAUGCACUGUGGCUAAUGAUUAGAAUCAGACCACAAGUGGUUCUUUGCAAUGGACCUGGGACUUGUAUUCCUCUAUGCGUAAUUGCAUUUUUAUUUAAGGUCUUGGGAAUUAGAUGGUCAUCUGUUUUCUAUGUUGAGAGUAUAGCAAGAGUGAAAAGGCUCUCUUUAAGUGGCUUGCUUCUUUACAGGUUACACAUAGCUGAUCAGUUCUUUGUGCAGUGGCCACAAUUACAGAGAAAGCAUCCUCGAGCUCAUUAUGUUGGCUGUCUCAUGUAGUUUGAUUGAAUUCCUGCUGACAUGGUACUGUAACAUUUCUUCAAGUUUUUGCUGUGCCAAUUUACAUUUUUAAAGUUAUUAAAAUUGCUCUAUAGUUGAUUCUCAAGUUAAGUUGUACACAAGUUAUACUAGUGAGAUCCACAAGCCUCCUGUAGCUUUCACCAAAGAGGACAGGGAAGAGUCAGUUUACUGGUAAAUUUUUAUCUGCAUAAACAGUGUGACACCCCUGAUUUUGAUACAAUUUAUUUUAACUUUUGUCAUUGACUUUUGGAAACAAAAUUUCCUUGGAUUUUCUUUGAGGGUUGGUUUUCAGACUGCCUUCCUGGUUCA